UAGAGACAGCCUUUCAGGGUCGUGGGAGGGGAACGGGUAACGCUAGCUUGUGGUCCUCCCCUGAGCCCGCUGAGGACACUUGACGCUGUCAUCUGAGCAACAACCUUUCCUGUCCAAUUUGUGAAGAUUAUUUUAAUCAGACCACGGCGCUAACCUGCAAACAUCGUUCUUUUAUAACCCGUCUUAAGGACAGCUGCAAAAAAAAAAAACAGAGGCACUGGUGACUCCCACUGCCGGCCGCUGUCCAUCGUAGCACGCUCUUCCUUUGAUGGAGGAGUUGGCGGUGAGCAGUAUGCUUGAGAAGCCCUGCGAGUCCUUCAAGGAGGGCAUGAGCAGUGAUGACCCGGAGGCCUGCAGGCAACACGGGUUAAUGCUGAAGCUGUUCUGUCUGGAAGACCUGGAACCUAUCUGUACACUCUGUGAGAAAGCCCCGGGCCACGAUGGACACAGGCUCUACGCCUUGAGGGAGGGAACACUUGAUUGCAAGGCGGAACUCAAAAGUGCACUGUUGGCUCUAAAAGAGAAGCUGCCACUAUACAAGAAGGCUAACGCUCUCUGCGAGCACACGGCAGAGCAUAUUAAGAUGCAAGCAGAACACACAGAGAAGCAAAUAAAAGAGGAAUUUGAUGCGAUGCGUCAGUUUCUGAAAGAAGAAGAAGAGGCCCGACUGGGUCUUUUGAAGGCAGAGGUGGAUCACAAGACGGGGAUGAUUAACCAGAGUAUUGAGGACAUGAAGAGCGAGCUGGGAAUCCUCACCAACUCCAUCCACGCUGCGGAGCAGGACAUGAGAUUGUCAGACAUCCCCUUCCUACAAAAUUACAAAGAAACGAUCAAAAGGGUUUUGAGAGUUCCAGUGGACCCGUAUCUGAGGCCGGGAUCACUCGUGGACGUGGCUAAACACAUCGGCUCCCUGAAAUACAAAGUGUGGGAGAAGAUGAAGAAGAGGAUUCAAUUCACGCCUGUAAUCCUGGACCCCAACACAGCCGCCAGCUGCUUCAUCCUGUCAGAGGACCUCACCUCUCUGCAGUCCUGCGCGCAUAUCUUCAAUCUCCCGGACAACCCCGAGCGCUUCGACAAAAGCGCCGAGAUGCUCGGCGCCGAGGGCUUCUGCACCGGACGCCACAGCUGGGACAUCGACGUCAAGGACAACACCUACUGGGUGGUGGGCGUGGCCAGUGACUCCAUCAACAGGAAGGGGAAGCACGUUCUGACCCCGGCCGAGGGCUUCUGGACUAUCCGUUUUCGUAACAAUGAGCACAAGGCCUGCACCGCGCCUUGGGAGCCCCUGGUCAUGAGCAAGCCCCCCCAGGUGGUCCGGGUGGUCUUGGACAUGGACCGAUGCAAGGUGACCUUCUAUGACCCCGGGGAGAGGACCCCGCUCUACACCUUCACAGGCAUCAUUACCCCAAGGGCCUUCCCGUACUUCUGCAGCGCCUGCAAGGAGCACCCGUUGAAGGUUCUACCCGCCAGGAUCUCCCUGUUGACAGACUGAUUCACUGAUCUGCCAAAGUGUUGGAGAAACUUCCAACGAUAAUCCUUUGAAAAAAAUAUGCUUUAACCUGAAUAAAAAAAACGGGAUAGCCUUUUCAUUAUACAUAUGCAUGCGAGUACCUCAGCAAAGUAGAAUGUGGAGUGGAUUGUAUCACAUUGUGAACAGAAGCGCGCAUUCAUUUCACACAGGUGGUUAGGUUUUAAAAUAUUUAUUAUGACUCAGUCAACAAAUCUAUUUCAAAUCUGAUCCAGAUCCGAAUAAAAUAAAG